UUGACCUCUGCAGAACUGCAUCUUCUUGGUUUUGAUGCUCGGUCGCCACCUAGGGGCAGCUCCUUAUAAAAUACAACUGUGCCGGCAGGGUCGCCACCACCUCUUUCCAACUACAACUCCCAAUGGCCCUCAGGGCGGUCGGUCUCACGUGUUUCGUCGGGGAUCCCAGCUCGCAGCAUGCUGGGAAGUGUAGUUCGAGAGUUUCCCCGGCGCGGGACUUCUUGUGCAGAACCCUAUUCAGUGCCGGACCUCCUCAGACAUUGUGGAGCUGCCAGCCUCUCAAGACUUUGGAGGAUUUCGCGAAGUGUGGAUAACCAGGAAAUGGAAAACCAGGGAGCACUCCCGGGACCGGGCAUCGGCUGUGGAUUCCUCGAAGUCCCCCGUGUGCCGCGUGAUCCGCUCACAGGGCUCGUCCUUCUUGCUACACUUCAGCCCCUGCGGCUUCUCCCCGAGCCUGGACCUUCAAGUGUAGCAGGCGGGGGAGGGUCACCUGCCAGAAAGCCUGCUUGUCAGGGCCCAGGCCCCGCCCUUCCCCCCAUGGCUUAUCCCUAGCCGGGGCUCCCCCCGUGGGAACGGGGACCAGCUGGCCGGAAGCGCCAAACUGCGUCCCCUUCCAAGCCCCGGGGAUCAAUCAGGCCGAGGAGUUAAUUAUGUAAUGAGGGGGCAGGGGGUCGGGGCUAAUGAAACCGCCCAGGAGGGGAGGGUCCCCAGGUAUCCGGCCCCCUCUUGGACCCCCUUCGAGGCCCCAGGGGUCUCCACUGCGGCCCAGCACCAGGGCCCCAGAGAGGGGAGGGGCUGUGACCCUGGGCCUGGAAGGGGCCGAGCUGUGAGCUAUAAAGGGGACAUCUCUCAGCACCGGGCAACUCCAGGCAUUGUGGGACCUGAAGACAACAUGUACCAUCCCCGAGAGCUGUACCCUUCGCUGGGGACUGGCUACCGCCUGGGCCCCCCCCAGCCCGGGGCUGACUCCAGCUUCGCGCCUGGCCUGGCCGAGGGUUACCGCUACCCAGAUCUGGAAACCCCAAAACUGGACUGCUUCCUCUCUGGGAUUGAAGCUGCCCCUCGGUCGCUGGCAGCACCCCCAGCCCUGCCCCUACUGCCCCCGGCCCUGGGCAGCGAGCCAGCCUCAGCAGCACCAGAGGCUGCCCCCUCGCUGCUCCCCGGGGUCAGCCUGAGCCUGGAGAACCAGGAGCUGUGGAAGCAGUUCAGCUCUGUGGGGACAGAGAUGAUCAUUACCAAGGCCGGCAGGCGCAUGUUCCCUGCCUGCCGAGUGUCUGUGUCCGGCCUGGACCCCGAGGCCCGCUACCUGUUCCUUUUGGAUGUGGUACCAGUGGAUGGGGCUCGCUACCGCUGGCAGGGCCGGCGCUGGGAGCCCAGUGGCAAGGCAGAGCCCCGCCUGCCUGACCGUGUCUACAUCCACCCGGACUCUCCAGCCACCGGAGCCCACUGGAUGCGCCAGCCUGUGUCCUUCCACCGUGUCAAGCUCACCAACAGCACACUGGACCCCCACGGCCACCUUAUCCUUCACUCUAUGCACAAAUACCAGCCGCGCAUACACCUGGUGCGGGCUGCCCAGCUCUGCAGCCAACACUGGGGGGGCGUGGCCUCCUUCCGCUUCCCCGAGACAAUGUUUAUCUCCGUGACAGCCUACCAGAACCCACGGAUCACACAGCUGAAGAUUGCAGCCAAUCCCUUCGCCAAAGGUUUCCGGGAGAACGGCAGAAACUGUAAGAGGGAGCGAGACGCCCGUGUGAAGAGGAAACUUCGGGGCUCAGAGUCAGUAACCACGGAAACCUAUGGGAGCGGAGAUGCACCAGGGGGUCCCUGUGACUCCACUCUGGGGGGGGAUAUCCGAGACUCAGAUCUGGAGCAGACCCCAGCGCCCCAGGAAGCUCCCCCUGCCCCACCUGCCCCCUGCAGUGGCCCCAGUGCAGAGGCCUACUUCCUGCACCCUGCGGCCUUCCAUGGGGCUUCCGGGCACCUCCCAACCAGGAGCGCCAGCUUCCCCGAGGCUCCAGACUCCGGGCGCCAAGCCCCCUACCCAGCUGCAUUUCUGGAGCUGCAGCCUGGCCCAGGGGCCUCAGGGUACCCCACAGCUCCACCUGCACCAUCCUUUGCCCCACACUUCCUCCAAGGGGGCCCCUUUCCUCUGCCAUACCCUGGGCCUGGGAGCUACCUGGACGUGGGCUCCAAGCCCAUGUACUAAACCACUACUUGGGUCCCUCUGCCUGCCCCCAUCUCCCACCACAAACAUCUAGCCCCCUUCCCCCAGCACUUUAGCCACCUCCUGCUGGCCCCACCCCCACACCAAAUGGCUGCCUUGGGUCUAGCCCCUGCCCCCCCCCCCCACUUCACACUUUGAUUUCACUCCCACCCACCAGCGGCUUCAAAGCUCAAGCCAGGCUGCUGGAGUCCAGCUGGGACCAGCUUCCCCUUCCCGGCUCUCACCUCAGUGUGAAUGGAGGCAGGCUGUGCCUGGCCAAAUGGGGCAUUCGCCCUCCCCCCCAGGCAGGGCCGGCAGGCACCUUGGCAAGUGCUACCUCCCCUCCACCCCCAUGGCCGCCACGGGUGCAAGCCACACUAGGCUGUUCUCAGGACCAGAGUUAUUUUUGUUAAUAAAACU